AUACUCUACUGUCAAAGUUUGUAAAUAAAAAUAAUGUUGUAGGUGUAAUGAUCGACAAUUAAUUUUCUUUUAUCAUAUAGUUCAAACAGUUUCUCAAAAACUUAAUUGAAGAUCUUAGAAUAGAUCGAAAAGCAUGUUAAAUUUUUACUUAUACUAAACAUGUUGCCUAUAUUUCUUCUAAUAAAUCGUAUGGCGUCUCGACGGACUUCUAGCAAAGCUAAGCCGAUGAAAACUUUUAAAAAAGAAUCCGGCAACGGAUUCUGCAGGACCUGCUUGAGCACUAAGAAUCUAGAACUUAUAUUUAGUAAAGCGGAAUCUAAAGACAAGAAAUCUGAGGAACUACGUCUUGUAACGGGUUUAGAAAUUAAAUUCAACGAUGGAUUAUCACAAAAAAUUUGUACAGUCUGCAUCAAAACAAUCAAAACGGCGCUAAGAUUCAGAAGGAUCAGCAAGAAGACUGAAAAAACUCUUCUCAGUAUGACGGUGAGAUCGAAACAACACUCAAAUCCAGGUACAAGUCUCCCAAAAGCCAAUGUCAUAAAGACGGAACCAGGAUCUGAUGCAGUGGAGCUCAAGAACGAUAGAGAAGACACAUCAUACAAUGCUGACUACCAGAACUAUGAUUAUUAUAAUUACACUUACAAAGAGGAACCGGAGACGUCAGAGAGAGAGAUGCAAAAACCGACUCGAGGUAGACAGAAGUGUCUCGGACCCAACGGGACGUACAAGUGUCAUGUCUGCGGUAAGGAGUUCAGGAUGAAGGCCACAUACACAGCACAUCUGAGAUUCCACACACACUACUGUGUUUGCGAGGCGUGUGGGAAGCGCUGCCGGAACAACAACCAACUGCAAGAACACAAGCGAGCUCGACACGGGCUGGGGAAGAUUCAUAAAUGCGCCUACUGCGAGUACAGCUCCGCGACCAAGGAAGCUCUCAUCAUCCACGAGCGGCGUCACACGGGAGAGCGGCCUUACGUCUGCGAUCACUGCGGCGCCUCCUUCUUCAGGCGGUCCACGCUAGUGCAGCACAUCGCCAUACACCUGCCAGAGAAGAACUUCCAGUGCGACAUGUGCCCUAAAAGGCUGAAAUCCAAGAAGUUCCUCCAAAUCCACAAACACAACGCGCACACGGGCAAGAGGUACGGCUACCUGUGUUCCGUGUGCGACCACCGCUUCGAGAAGCCAAAUAAGGUGCGCGCGCACACGAGGCGAGUCCACGGACUGCCGGACGAGCAACAGGGACCCAUAGUACGGAUCAUACUAUAGACAUGACACACGGAUAAACUUUCACUAUCACGACCAGAGUGUGGGGUGUACAGUAGACGACCAGAGUGAGGGGUGUACCAUAGACGACCAGAGUGUGGGGUGUACAGUAGACGACCAGAGUGGGGGGUGUACCGUAGACGACCAGAGUGGGGGGUGUACAGUAGACGACCAGAGUGAGGGGUGUACAGUAGACGACCAGAGUGAGGGGUGUACCAUAGACGACCAGAGUGGGGGGUGUACCGUAGACGACCGGAGUGGGGGGUGUACCGUAGACGACCGGAGUGGGGGGUGUACCGUAGACGACCAGAGUGGGGGGUGUACAGUAGACGACCAGAGUGAGGGGUGUACAGUAGACGACCAGAGUGAGGGGUGUACAGUAGACGACCAGAGUGAGGGGUGUACAGUAGACGACCAGAGUGAGGGGUGUACAGUAGACGACCAGAGUGAGGGGUGUACCAUAGACGACCAGAGUGGGGGGUGUACCGCACAGUAUAUACUCAAUAGGGUUAGAGAUAUAAACGUACUUGCUGGUAUUCGAUUGUAAAUAAAACAUUAUAAUAGUCCUAUUUCUGUUUAAAUUUAUUAAUCCUGAUAUAUUUUUUUUAAUCAUCGACACUGUAUUAUUAUAAAUAAAAACUAGUUGUGUCACGAAUGUAAUAAACAUUAAUUAA